GAUUGUAAUGAAUGGGACAUAGUCUGAUAGUCACAGAGGUGAAAGAGAGAUGAUUGCACACUUUCAUAAUCCUAGUCUGCCCUCUGCAUCAUGCAUUGCGAACUGAUUUUCUAUGUUAUCUCCCCAGGUUGUCACCAGAUCGGUGGGAGGUGGUCUGUCACCUUUGACAUGUCCUCCAUCUCUGCAAGUGACAAGGUCCAGCGCUCCGAGCUGCGGAUCCGCCUGCCUGCAUUCUCUGCCUCUAAGCGUGUCACUGUGGACAUGUACCACUCCCAGAGAUGCUCCUACUCCAGCCCGCCAUGCCCAAAGGAGAGCCUCUUCCUGGGCCACCUGAAGGCAGAGCCAAGCUCUCUGACCUCCACAUCCAACUGGAGGGUGUUCAACGUCACCGCCCUGCUCCACUACUACUGGCUGCACCAGAGAGGCUCCGCACCUGGCCAGGAAGUGCGCAGGCCAGUGGAGAGAGAGGAGGAGGAGGGACAAGAGAGGGUCCUGCACCCCACAGCCGACCGGGUCAUGGUGGUGGUCUUCUCCAAGCACCAGGCAGAGAAGCGGGCACCCACCCUCAUCCACACCGCUGAGCACUCCAAGUACGUCACUCUGGACUGGGAGCGAGCUAGAGCUGGGGCCGACCCUGCUGCCAGCGUAGAGGUAGAGGGCGGAAAAGGAACCAGUCGAAGGAAAAGGCAUGGGUACCACCAGAGAGCAGGAGUGGCUGGGGUGGCCCCUGGUGUGGCCCCCAUGGAGGAGAGGAAGGACCCGUUGUGCAGGAAGGUGGACAUGUGGGUGGACUUUGACCAGAUUGGCUGGAACGAGUGGAUUGUUUACCCCAAGCGCUACAAUGCCUACCGCUGUGAGGGCAGCUGCCCUACCCCAGUGGACGAGACCUUCACCCCCACCAACCAUGCUUACAUGCAGAGUCUGCUGAAACUUCACCACCCAGACAGGGUCCCAUGCCCGUUCUGUGUGCCCACCCGCCUGGCCCCUCUGUCCAUGCUGUACUAUGAGAACAGUGAGGUGGAGACGCGGCACUUUGAGGGUAUGGUGGUGGAGGAGUGUGGUUGCCACUAAUCAGCCUGUGUGCCAACAUGGACACCCCAUAGGCACUUUCCAUCCCAGGUAAACACCACUCUGUCCCAGCUUCUGCUCUCAAUGUGCCUCAGGAAGAAAGUUGAGGUGCAAAGGUGUGGGCUUACUCUGUGAGUGUAGUCUCAAAGCUCAAGGCUUUUCUACAAAGGCAGCUACUGCUUUCAGCCAUGCUACACUAUGGUUGUACUGGACACUGAAGCAGACUGAACACAAGCACUGAAAAAGAUCAAGAGAAUCGUCAAAAAAGGAUAAAAAGAAUGACUUAUAAUACCCGUAUACAUGUAUAAUGUAUAAGGACUAAUGAUUAAGACAAAAGCCGAUACAAGGACAACGCAGACCCCUUAAGUGCUUUAAUUCCUCUGUAUGACCCAGUGUUGAUACAGUAUUAUUUUAAAAUGUAAAUAUUUCAUAAGAGUAAUGUAUUUUUUUAAAGGACCGAAGUAUGUUUGUUUAAUAAAUCCUCAAUUAAUUGCAGUCUGCUUCUAUGGUACAGUAUAUUCUCUCAACACUUAAUAGUAGAGAGAACACGCAAGGAUGAAAUAAAAAAAUGGAUGACAAAGAUUUUUUUUUAUGUUAUUACUCAGCUUCAGUUCCUCUGGAAAAAAUAUGAAGCAGAAUGUAGCCCUAGUUUUUCAAUCAACACAUUAGCCUACACCAGGGAUGGGCAACAGGCCCUUUUGUAGGCCUACGAAUACAUUUUUAGGA